UGGGUGCCAGAAGCAAAGUUAGACCAAAAUGCCACCCAACAGCAACGACACCUCCACCGGAGUGCUUUUCGAAUCGGAUGUGGAUGUUGGUUUGACCAAGGAUUUGCCCAAGCUCAGGACUACAGAUGGCAGCAAACUGGAGCUGGUAUGGUUGAACAUAGUGCUGUUCGUGAUCCUCCACGCAUCUUCCGUAUACGGAGUGUGGUUACUCUUCACGGAGGCCACUUGGACGACCGUCCUGCUCUUUGCGCCCGCCGUGGUGAUGACCAUUUUGGGUGUUUCCGGUGGCGCCCAUCGUUUGUGGGCCCAUCGCACCUUCAAGGCGAACACGCCGUUGAAGUUGAUCUUCCUUUUCCUGAACACCCUGGCGUUCCAGGAUGCGGUCUACUACUGGGCCCGGGAUCAUCGGGUGCAUCACAAGUACACGGAAACGGACGCGGAUCCCUAUAACUCACAGCGCGGUUGGUUCUUUGCCCACAUCGGAUGGCUGUGCUGCCGAAAACAUCCCGAGGUGGUGGAGAAGGGCAAGCAGAUAGAUCUCUCCGAUCUGGAGGCCGAUCCCCUCGUAAUGUUCCAGAAGAAGUACUACCUGUGGUUGAUGCCAGUCAUUUGCUUCGUCCUGCCCACCGCCCUGCCUAUGUACCUGUGGGGCGAGUCUUUGAAUACCUCCUGGCAUGUGAUGGCGUUGCUCAGGUGGUGCGUCAGCUUGAAUCUCAUCUGGAUGGUCAACAGUUCCGCCCAUAUGUUCGGCAUGAAACCCUAUGACAAGAACAUAUGCCCCGUGGAUCAGGGCUUCCUGAUCAGUUUCCACGUGGGCGAGGGGUACCACAACUACCAUCAUGUCUUUCCCUGGGACUACAAGAGUGCGGAGCUGGGUCCGUGUUCUCAGGAUGCGACCACCAAGUUCAUCGACUUUUUCGCCUAUUUGGGCUGGGCCUACGAUCUUAAGAGUGUGUCCUUGGACAUGGUUCGCCAGAGAGCUCUUAGGACGGGUGAUGGCUCACAUCCCGUUUGGGGAUGGGGCGACAAGGAUCAAAAGUCAGAAGACAUUGGCGACACCACCAUCACCCACCAGCGAAAAGAGGCGUAGGAACAACAGCUCAAAAUAAGUGAACUGUUGUGAAUCAAUUGAAUUUCAAAUGUGGAAUUGGUUACCGCUGCAUUAAAUUAAAGUCUUAGAAAUUAAGGCGAGAAUUGCUCGACCUGCCCUACUUACUGACACUUUCAAGGUUCUUUGUCCGAACAAUUAUAUAUUUAUAGGUUAAACUUGAGGUAGCUACGAAUGAGUGGGACAUGAUGAGAAAAAGAUGAUCAUUUUAAAUGUCCCUCUUAUAAAUAAACUGUUUAAGUACAACGUGAAGAAGCGACAAACGAAUCAUUUAUAGAUGUUACCAUUUCAUUUUUAUUUUAUGGGACAAUAUGAGAUAAAGAAAAUAAUUAAAAAUGUACCCUUUACAAUAAAACCUCUUGAGUACAACCUGAA